AUCCGCUGCUGGCAGGGAGGAGUUUGAAAGGACUUCGAGCUAAGUUAGUUCGGCUUCGCAGGCAGUGACAAAACAGUUGCGCUUUCUUCCUCAUUCAGUCGUUUACAAGUUGUCUUGCUGAGAACAGAUAAGUGCAGCCAUGAGGAAAGACCCAAAUAAACCGAGGGGGAAGAUGACCUCCUAUGCUUAUUUUGUUUCGACGUGCCGCGAAGAGCACAAGAAGAAACACCCAGGAACCACUGUAGGCUUUUCAGAGUUUUCCAGGAAAUGCUCAGAGAGAUGGAAGACCAUGACUGCCAAGGAGAAGGUGAAGUUUGAGGACAUGGCAAAGAACGACAAGAUCCGCUAUGACCAAGAGAUGAAAUCAUACGUCCCACCUAAAGGUGCCAAAGCAGCCAAGAAGAAGAAGGACCCCAAUGCACCCAAGAGGCCACCUUCUGCUUUCUUCGUCUUCUGCUCUGAUCACCGCCCCAGGAUUAAGGAGGAGAACCCUGGUAUCUCCAUUGGAGAAAUUGCCAAGAAGCUUGGAGAGUUGUGGUCUGCACAGUCUCUCAAAGACAAGGCUCCCUAUACGGCCAGGGCUGCCAAACUGAAGGAAAAAUACGAGAAGGAUGUCGCUGCCUACAAAGCCAAAGGAGGUUCAGCAAAGGGCGAUGGUAAGAAGAGUGGCCCCGGCAGGCCCUCUGCAAAGAAAGCAGAACCAGUCGACGAUGACGACGAUGAUGAUGACGAUGACGAAGAUGAUGAGGAAGAUGAAGAUGACGACGACGAUGAGGAUGAUGACUAAGCGGUUUCUAUGUUAAAUGAUGUGAAUUUUGCAAUGCUUUGUUCAGCUUAUCUUUUUGUGUGGAUGAUUCCAACAGUAUAGCCUGCUGUCCCUGUUGGUCUGCCUCUGUAGGAUACGGACAUGUUCCUUUUCAAAUUCAGGGAUUUAGUUUUUAUUGUCACUUAGUCCCCUUAUAUAUUUUUUUUUUAAGCUUCUGCUGAACUUUGUUACAUCUUUGCUCGUGUUGCUAUCCGAACAGGCAGCCAGAUGCAAAUUUCCUGUGAUAAUUAAAGGACUGAAACUCUUGUGCAGGCGGUGGACAGCAGCAGAUCAGUAAAGUUUUAAAAUGUAUUGUUUCUGGAA